UGUUUAUUCAUCCGUAUCAUCCCGCACUAAUCUCUUCCAAUUUUCUGCAGUUUAACUAAUCACAGCUUGCCAAAUGGUUUCUUGGCUGUGCGCCACGGAGCGCAUAACGCACCGUGUCCGCGUCAACAGGCGUGGACGCUGCGCAACUACAUCAGCUGAACUGAUCGGGUGAAUUUAUUUAAGUGACCAAGAUCAAUAUUAAAAAGGUGCAGACAAAACAUGAACCCUGUCGCCCCAUACAAAUUAAGAGUCUGGUUAUUACAUUCUAAGGCAUUGUCAGUGGUACUUGGAUUUAAGGUUAAUUAUUUGAAAGCCUUCCAAGCAAAAAAGAAAAAAAGAAAUAAAGCGUGACAUUGCCAAAGUGUACCAGAGGUUCCUCCAUGAAAGCUUGGCAACAAAGACUGCCACAUGUCUUGAAAAGUGAAUUCACUUGAGAUGCUGUGAGGACAGACACUGAUCCCCCUCAGCAUACAAAAACAUAUGGCUCAGAAGGCCACUGCUGUGUCCUUGAAGAAACUGGCAAGAGUGGUGGGAAUAUCGUCGGCCACUCCGCUCUUCUCUGCCCUGUAUGUUAAUAUGAGUGUGUAUUUGUGGCUUGACUUUCAUUAUCAGCUGUGCCAAUGGAUCAGCUCAUUGUUUCAGGGUUUGUUGUGACAGCUGCGCCACAUUAGACAGGCAGACAUGCGGCGGGGAUCACAAAAAACUGCUUGUCUUUGCUGGUGUAUAAAGAGAAGAAGAAAGGGAAGGAGAAGAGCGGCGGCCACAAGGAGAGACUCAGUGUAACACUGGAGGGGAUCUGUGGUGUGGAGCCGGGUCCUGGGUAUGACGGAGUAUCCUACAGCCUCUCCAUCCUCUGCCUGAAUCACAUGCUGGUCCUGGGCUUCAACAGCAGAGACGCCCUGCUGGCCUGGGACGCCCGCAUCCGCUACAGUCUGGGAGAAGUCCACAGGUUCAGUGUCAAUGUUGAACCUGGUACCAAGCUGGAAAGCGGCCCCGCCUCCCUCCACCUGUGCAACAACCUCUUGGUCCUCACCAGAUGCCUCCCUCCCGUCGUCAUCGGCCACUGGAAGUUGUCAGCUUUGCGUCGAUACGGCGCCGUGCAAAAUGGCUUCGUGUUUGAGGGGGGAACUCGCUGUGGAUACUGGGCUGGUGUUUUCUUCCUGUCCUGUGCAGAAGGAGAGCAGAUCAGUUUUCUGUUCGACUGCAUCGUCAGGGGCAUCACCCCCAGCAGGACCCCACAUGGCGUGCGACCCAACCUGCCAGCAGAUCCCAGUGCUGACCCAGCUUCAAUAGAGGAACGAAUCAGCCAGGAGGCAUCAGAGCUGGAGAAAAGGCUCAGCAUGCUGUCUAACUGCAGCCUGGCGAGCAGCACAGCCUCCACUUACAGCUGUAGCACAUCUGUUGCCGGGGACGACCGAAGCAGCAUCUCCAGCUCCUCCUCCAGUCAAUCAGACACCAGCUAUGGAAGUAGACUUCCAUUCUGGGUGGAGCCUCUCACUAGAUCGCAUCUCCCCAGUGAGACGGCAUCAAGCUGCUCCACGCUGAAGGCUUUGACCGGGUCAGAUGAUCGGCUUUACGCUGCCGUGAUGGGAGGCCCCGGGAGCCGACCAUCCUCCGCCCAGCUCCAUCCUCGUGGUCUCCAUGACAGCGGGAGGCAGAGCUCCUUAGACAGUGGUAUUGGGAUAGCAGCAGGCAGUCAGUCGUCGUCUUACUCAGGGAGCUACUCCUCCUGUACAGGGAGUCUGGACAUGGCCAGCCAGGGAGGAGGAGAGGAGUUUGGCUCUGUGGCCAGCCUACCUGCAGCUCCUUCACUUCCGUCUUUACCUCCUCCUGCUCCUCCACCACCUCCACCUUCUCCUUGUCAGCCCCUACCCACCCCAGAGCACAGGUCUGCUAGCACCUCCUCUACAUGCUCCUGCACUUCCAGAUCCGCCUCUCGUACAUCUCGUAGGCACAGUGAGGAGUACCAAAUCCCCAGUCUGCUCAGAAUGAGAUACGACACCCCCAGGAGUUUGCUCCAGGUCCUGUCUCUGAGAGAAGCCCAGGGAGAACCACCUGAGCUGGGUGGGGACAGCAGGGUCAGUGAGCAUGGAGGUGGUAGUCCAGGAGGGUUGAGCCCCAAGGGACUGAGGGCUCAGCAUCAGGCAAUGAUGCAGUGCUCGCUCUCCUGGGGCAGUGAGAGGGCGCCCUCUGUGGACAGUGAAGGGAGGUCCACACCCAGACCCCUACUGGUCCAUGAAGGCUUGGUUGGUGGAGAAACGCAGUGCGGUCAUGGUCUCGACAACUACAUUACUCCAGAGCAGUGGCGGUCAGCGAGGAACAGAUGCUUGACUCAGGUUGACAACCCUCCGUCACCGAGCCUGGCAGCUUCUGCAGAUACAAAAGACCCUCCUCUCUGUGUGACAGAGGAACAUAAAGACAGCAGGGAUGUUGUUUGGAAACUGGCAGGUCUGAAGAGGUUUUUGCCUUCUCGGCCGCCUUCUGCUCCUCCACCUCCUCCUGUCCCACUGAGCACGCUCAGACCAACAUCAGCUUGUGGUGCGUUUCAGUCUCCAUAUGAAGCUCCUCCGUCCCAGGACACCAGGCCUCAUGGUGACAGCACUGUUAAUUAUGUCAACAUCCCCAUUAGCCCCCUCCCGGCUAGAACUAGAGAGCUGCACUACACCGAGCUGGACCUGCAGGAUCCCGGCUCGGCUCCCCACAGCACCGUGAGAGAAGAGGGCUCUAUCAGAUACGCCCACCUCGACAUCACUGCCAUGGAAACAGCUCAGAGUGGCGAUGGAGCAUGUUCAGGGCAGAGAGGACAGACUGACUCAGCUGGAGAGCAUGCGGCUAAGGCCACCAAAGUGACUCGGUGACACUUCAAAAUACUUUUCUUUUCUCUCCAUCUCUCUGAAUAAGCUAAAAUGCUCAAAAGCAGUUGAUCAUCAUACCAGUCAUUGUUGACUUAAACACACCGUAGUUGUGCCAGUGUACAGAAAUUCCCACAAUCAAUCCAUUCCACUAAGAAUAAUAAUAAUGAAAAAAAAAUAAUAUCUGGGAGUUCUCUUAUGCAGCUGCCAUCUUGUUUUAGUGUAAUUUCUUAUAUAGUUGUUGUUAAAUUAGCGUUUUCCUGCAAUUUUCUUGAUAACCUUUACCAUGGAAAUGUUACUUGUUUGGCUGCAUGGCACUUAUAUCUGCAGAGGUUUGAGGAAAACCUGCCUCUUUAGAUUACUGCUGAGGAUUGGCAUAAAUUAGGGCUGUGGUCUCCAGGUCGAUUGGUUGGUUUGCGUCUCUCGUCUGACCAAAUUCCCAUUGGUUGAGUGCAUUGAUGAGAACUUCAUCAAUAGCCUUUUCCUGAUUAGGCAUUAUUUUUGAUGGCAGGAGGAAGACACAACAGGGUUAUUUUCAAAACACCCUGCAUUUUGACCGUUUUGCACUCUUGCAACCUAUUGGACACUGGUAGUUUCCUCAACAUUUACUCAAUGUUCACUCUGAGUUGGCUCCAAACUAAUUGACACCAUGUGAGAGACGUCAUCAGUGUGGCUGCCUUUUGUUAAAAUUACUAGCUUAUAAGUAGCAUAUGAACAUUGCAGAAGGCAGUUUGUAUAUCACAGCGUGGCAUAUCAUCUAUAAACAGUAGGCUAACUUGUCUGCAUUUGGAUGUUCCAUCAUGCUUGAGGCUUUGAGUGUGAACUUAUUACAAUUUGCAUAUUUCAAUAUGUUUGGUCUAAUAGGUAGUUUUGUAACAGCGGGCACAUUCAGUAAUAUAUUUUGAUGGCUCCAGUGUGUGCCUGUAGCAGCAGUUACACCCAGGGCAAGCUGGAUGUAAAGCCUCUUCUCUAACCAAAGCAGGAAAAUCAGUAUGGGUAUAGUCAAGUCUAAUGAAAAGAACCAAUAAAGUGGUUGUGGAGUAUCUCUCAUUGUCUCUAAUUUAACUAAAACAGUGGACUGAGUGCACUCUGUUAGCUGUAUUACCCUAAAUGAAUUACGAAACUGUUUUUGUUGCAUAUUAAAUCUUUUUAACCUCUUUAUUAAUGUACUGAAUCUAUAUAUAUACUCUAUGCACUGCACAAGAAAUUAUGAGGAAUACCGACAGAUUAGCCCUCCAUUUUUAGACGAUAUGCCAUGCUGGCUGUUGAGCUGUGAUACACAAGCUGCUGUUUGUUGCAUCUUACGAAAUGCAGCCACGUCAACAACUUCUUAGACAUCAUAUUCGUAAGUGUGAAGCUGAUAAAGAGUAAACUAUUAGUAAAUGUUAAAAAGGUCAGACUUUGCAUUCUUCAUUAGCCUGGGGGAGUUAAAGUUGUGAAAAUGUUGGGGUGUUCACAGGUAGUCUGCUCCUCCUGCCAACAAACAUAAUGCAUUAACCAUGGAAGACUAUCGAUGAAGUGCUUUUUCUUCUUAUAAAACACCUGCCAAUGAGAAUUUGGUCAGAAGAGCACAUAUUUCCCAUCUAGCUGACCUAGACACUACUGUUCUAGUACAAAUAGACUUAAUUAUGAAGGAAUGACACUGAACAAAUGUUUACCACUUACAAGAGAUGAAGAUAAACAGCAGCUUUAAAUAGCAUCUUGUUAGAUUUUUGUCAAGCUGGAAUGUCAUUUAAAUUCUGGCUAGAUUUAUUUAGACUGUUGGGGCAUGGAUUAUGUAUUGUUAGUUCUCUCACCAAUCUCCACUUGUUUGGGGUUGGGACAGAAUAUGAUCUCUUUCUAAGAUCAAACCCUCGUCAUCGCACUGACACCUUCCUAUCAGCUGCUAAGAGCCCUAACCUGCCUGGGUAUCAUUCCACAUCAGAGCGGAAGAGCCUUUGAUUGAAAGAAGCAGCUCAGAGUUAUACCCCACGUUCAAAUUGCAUUAAUCCGGGUCCAUGUGGCCCAAGCAGGACAUGACUGAGUAAUCAGCCACCUAGUAACAUUAUUCAUCACACUAAUCAAUGCCUCUGCUGCUGGUCUGUGAGGGAGGGAACUGAUGAAUGGAAAAGCAAAGGGUGCAUUUUGAUUUCUCACCUCCCUCUUUAUAUCAUCUGGACAAACUGUCCAAUAUCUGAUGCAAAUUUAGUUUUGUAGUUUUAGUUUCCCGCUAGUGUCUCUAAUGAGAAAACAAUGAGGAAAAAAACUGAGGAUGAGUGAGAAAAAUGUAACAUUUUACCAAGAACAGGCCUCUUAAUGUCACAACAGACAGUGCUUUCCUCUACAGGACUUGUAAAUACUAAUUGCUUUUAUUUAUGCCAAGACAGUAUGAAUAAUAUUAAACUAUAUUUUUAAAACAUUACUGUAUGUAUGUUGUUGGCACCUGUAUCUUAGGGAAUAAUAAAGGUUGCUGUUUCAUUUUCA